CCAGCCUUCGCAUUUUGUUUACUUUUCAACCAUCAUCUCACUUUGCUAUUGGGUGCUCAACAGUGUCCAAAGCCUCUUGAACCUUCUUCCCCAAGAACAAAUGAAUGUGGAAAACUGGUCCCCUUGGAGACCUAUUCAUUUUUAGGAGCCAGAUGAAGUAAAGGUAUUUAACUUGUAGAAGUAGCAAUAACUUUAAAUGCCUUAUGUUUUCAAAGAGCUGGGCACUACCUGCUGUUUCACCUGCUGAGAUGCUGAAUUUUCAAACCCAUACUGUAUCAACUUCGGUCACUGGUAUUGGGAAAGGCUUUAGAGCAGCAGAUCAUUCCUUCCUGCAGAGGUUGCUACCGCAGCACCUGUGAGUGCUUAUGUAUCCACAGAGACCCUCACUAGCUCUCCUACUGGAAUUGGAACUUGAGAGGUAUUCUAUGGUAGCCAGUGGAAUAGGUGGCUGUGUGGCCUGCAUUCUGGACUGUGUGCAGUGCCCACAACAAUUUUUCUGGUUUGCAAUUGUGCCAAAAAUGUUGGUGACCCUUGCUAACUCAUUCCUGCAGGUUUCAGUUCCUAUGCUUUGAAACUUUAGUGCACAAACUGGUGUCAUAUAAUAGAGGUUAAAAUUGGGUGCAUUUUCCACUUCCUGCCACUUGGCACUAGACCAUCUUGCUUCAGAUCUCUCACCAUGGCAGCACCUCUCGACCAAGCUAUUGGUUUGCUGGUUGUCACCUUCCACAAAUGUGCUUGCAAGGAUGGUGAAGAGUUGAUCCAGAACGAGCUGAUCAUUGGGCCGAAACUGCAGGACGAAGAGAUACAGGCAUUAAUGAAAGAUCUGGACUGCAAUGGGGACCAAGUGGUGAACUUCCAGGAAUACGUCACUUUCCUGGGUGCCUUGGCAAUGAUUUACAACGAAGCUUUGACUUCGUAAAUGUACGCCCCAGUGGGGCAAGGUGUUGUGGUUCAGGAUUAUAC